GUGAGGGCUGAGGUUAGCGGGGCCCGGAGAGGAGAGGGUGAACCACGGAAAGUGGACGCCAGAGGAGGCUGGGCGGCCUGCAGGGCCCUUCAGAGAAUAUGGACUACUAUGGAAAAUGCAUUGAAAUUGUGAUAGAACAACUGGAAAAACUUAAGUCUGAGAAGAGCAACCCUGAGCAGUUCCUGGAGGCGGUGUCCACCUCACUACAGCAGACCCUGAGUGCACAGAAGCAUGCCUUUGUUUUGGAAGUUCUGUCUGGUUGUCUUGAGUACCGGAAGUUACUGACCAUCGUUGUGGAUGCCUUCUAUGUGCGGGAUGGCCGCCUCUGCCUAUGGGCUGACUACAGCCUCUUUGAGGUGAUCUGCUACUUGGCCAUGUUCCAGCUAGAUGAGCUCGGCUUUCAGGCCUUCUGCAGCAUCAUCAAGUCCCAGCCCGCUGGCAAGGCAUGCAAGUUCCUCAAGUUCUUCUUCAACCCCUUGAACCUGUGCUCCUGGAUCAAGGAUGAGUGGAGCCUCAUUUAUGAGACAGCCCAUGUGAAAGAGAACUGGAUUGACCCCCUGAUGAGAUGGCAGCCAGAAGUCCAAAGGUUGAUCAACCAGCUGGAGGGAGUGCGAGCGAGUAAAAGCCUGGACAUGAAGACCAAAGCCAAGGUCACAGAGCCCAAGGAAUUCAACCUGACUGUCCCCAGACCCCGAGCCAUUCCAAUGCCUGAGCCUGUCUCUACUGUGGCCAAGCCGAAACCAGUCCCUCAGAGCACUUACCAGGAGCCCAAGGAGCAGCAACUACUGCAGAUGGUCAAGAGAUACAACCGCCGGAAGGCUGAGGAGCUGCUGCUAAAGGCAAACAUGGAAGAGCUUCGGUGUGCUAUGCCCAGGCCGCACAGAAAGCCGUUAGCACAGGACUCCAAGAAGCAAGAACAACAUCAACCCACACCUCGCAUCCGUAGGACUCCCCAGCUGACCUUCUUCAGGCCUGACAACUUCCCAGUCAAGUUGAAUACAGCUGCCAUCCUUCGAGAAGGGGCCUUAUACCAGCGACAGGUGGAAAAAGAACUACAGAGGGUUGAUCAGCUUGUAGAUGGGGCUGGAGACUUCUCAGAAUUCCUCGAGUGGCAGAAGAAGAUGAAGACAAGGGACCGGGAGGAGCAGCUGGCCGCAGGCGAGUGUCGGCGGCUACAGGGGAAACUCAGCCAUGAGGAGGCCAUCCUGGCCCGGCAGAACCUCAUGCAGGAGAACAAACAGAAGGCUGACCAGAAGAAAGAGGAGAUGGCUGAACUAAUGCUGCAGCGCGACAAAAGGCGCCUCCAAGAGGACAAGUCCAUGAAAGAGCUGGUGGAGCAGGUCAUUGAGGCACAGAAGAACAUCAAGUUGGCACAGAUGAAGCUUGUGAAGAGCAGACGGCAGAUAGUCCAGGAGUUGAUGGAGGAGAGCCGGGACCUACUGCAGCGCAGCGCGGAGGAAGCUAAGGAGGAGCAGAAGCGGCGCUGUGAGGUCAUCGCCCGGCUCCGUGCACUGGAGACACAGCCUACACGCAAGGGCAAGCUGGUGGACCUGACCCAGAUCCCAGGAUAUGGCCUGGAAGGGGAGAUGUCUGUUGUGGAACUGCGAGAGCGACUGGCCAUGCUGAGAGAGACCCAGAGGCGAGAGGAAGAGGAGAAGCGGGAUCAAAUCAACCAGGGAAAGCGUGCCAAGAGCCAGGAGCUGCAGAACACACUGGAGCAAAUCUCGCUGUGCCGUGCAGCUAUGGGGAGAACUGCGGCCUUGAGGUGGGAAGAGAAGAAAGCCCAGGCAGCGGCUCCCGGGACGCCCUCCCAGGAUGAGCGCGUGCUGGAGCUGCGGCGCCGGAUCGAGCAGCGGGCCGCAGAGCGCCGCCGGCACACCGCCCAGCCGCAAGUGUCUGCGCCGCGGGCCGUGAGCCGCCCGCAGGGGGCACCCGCGGAGGCGCAGCAUUGGCUGCAGCUGGAGCAGAGCCUCGAGCGCAGGCUGCGGGCGCAGCAGCUGGGGGACCACCGCUUGGAGGCCGCUUGA